UUACGUUCGCCCGAAGAAGAGGCGAUUCUGCCAAGAUCGGAGACUAUUCCACCCGCUUAUGAACGGUCUCGACCUGUCGCGGCCUAUGGUCGACUACAAGAUGAAUGGAAGCAGCGACGAAGGCGACUCGACGUCUGGCACGCUGGUCGCCGGUGGCACGGGAGUCGCCGAAAACGCGAAAAUGGACGAUCAGCAUAGACCGCCGUCGGCCAGGGAGGAGGACAAGUCCCCGUGGGACUACAAGACCGAGGCGUACCAGGACGCGUUGAAGCAAAAGGAGCAAUCGAACCGCGAAUGGGUGUCACCCGUGCCGGAAGUCGAAGUGGGAGGUUCGGCGGCCGGCGGUCCUCAAGUUCGUGCGCGGAAGGACAUUCCAAGGGGUGCGAGGUUCGGGCCUUUCCUCGCGAAAUGGGCGAGCGAGCCUUACAACCCCCGCUACGCGUGGGAGAUUCGUACCGGUGGAAGCGGAGUUAGGGGUUGGUUGGACGCGUCCCACGAAACGAAUAAUUGGCUCAAAUAUGUCCGAAGUACCAACAGUCCGCACGAUGUUAAUAUGCGGCACGUGCUCAUCGGUGGACAGAUGGUGUACGAGGCCGUACGAGACAUAACGGUGGGUGAAGAGCUUCUUCUCGGCGUUCGAGAACCUCUUCAGCUCCAGGAUAUGCUCGGUGAAAAUACGACCGAGGACAGAAGCGACCGGGAGACCGCUUCGCAACACAGUGGAACCAUCGACGAGGACAAAGAGGACGACGAAGAAGGCGAGACUAGAUGCACUGUUUGUGACAAGCCGUUUCAGGAUAUCGAGCUACUGGACAACCACCUGGUAACCUGUCACAGAUACCCAGCGAAACAACACAAUUGCGACAGCUGUCCCCGUGCCUACGCUUGGCGGCCGCUUCUAGUUCGUCACCGUGCGAUCGUCCACGGUGAUCUGCGGAACUACCCCUGCGAGAACUGUCCAAAGGUUUUCACAGACCCGUCGAACCUCCAGCGUCACAUCAGGACUCACCACGUAGGGGCGAGGAGUCACGCGUGCACCGAGUGCGGCAAAACCUUCGCGACCAGUUCCGGUCUGAAGCAGCACACCCACAUCCACAGCAGCGUGAAGCCGUUCCAGUGCGAGGUGUGCUUCAAGUCUUACACCCAGUUCUCCAACCUAUGCCGACACAAGCGUAUGCACGCGGACUGUCGUAUGCAGAUCAAGUGCGGUAAAUGCGGACAAACCUUCAGCACGGUCACAUCGUUGUCGAAGCACAAGCGAUUCUGCGACUCGACGCCGCCGACAGGUCCACCCAGAACCAUGCCGCAGUUGCCAACCUCCGCUCCGAGCCCUUUUCUCGUCUACCCUCGGCCUCCCGUCGGUCUACCUGGCGGUCUGCCCUUCUAUCCGCCCAGCCUGAUGGGUCCCUAUCCAGGGAUCUUUCCGAACGCUCCGAACUUCUUGAACACCCCUCUCCUCUUCCCGCCUAAGGUCGAGGAAGCCGAGAAAAGGAGCGAGAGUCCGAAGAAGGAACGUUUCACUCCGCCGAGGGCGCUGCCGCAGCACAGCAAGGUCUCUCCAUCCACCGCCGAGGAGGCCACCUCCUCGUUCAGGCCUUCUCCUGCUAGACCACCCGUCCAGCCGUCGCUGGACAGCGACGACGAUCCUUCCAAGAAACGAGAAUCCGGAACCAACGAGAAGAAAACGAACUCCGAAUCAGCCUCGAACGACGAGACCACGGAUCAGCCUCUGGACCUCAGAAUUCGAACGAAGAAGCAAGAGACCGACUGCAACAUCGUCGAGAGAAAGAGUCGCAGUCCGUCGCCUGGUCCCGUGUCAAUGGAGGGGGCUCCGCCUGUCCAAGACCAACGAAAACCAGACGACGAGACUCACGUGCCGAUGGAAGUCGACUCGAAGGCAGUCGUGGCCAGCAGUCCACGGCCGAGAACCAGUCUGCCUGCCGAGCAACCGCCUACAAACACUCCGCCACACAUGGCUUAUCCGAGACCCAUCCAUCCCAUGUUUCUGGAGGCCAUGUAUCGAGGUCCCGCGGGCACUUUCCCCGGCUUUCCAGGCGGUCCUCCACCGCCUCCCGGAGGCGGCACUCCCGAAUCCCGGUUACUACCACCGCUGCCACCCUUCGGACCACCGCGCGGUUUGCCUUAUUUAGGGUCUCUCAUGAACGGGCUCAGCGGGGCUAGGCCGGGAGGCGGAGGAUUCGAUUUGCUCGCCAGGCCGCCGCUGGCUCCGUAUCACGGCGUGAAACCGUUUCAGGAAGCCGUCAUCGCUCCUCACCAUCACCACCAUCAUCACCACCACGCUCACGGCAAGAUGAAGGACCGUUACUCCUGCAAGUUCUGCGGGAAGGUCUUCCCCAGGUCCGCCAAUCUGACCAGGCAUCUCCGCACGCACACAGGCGAGCAACCUUACAAGUGCAAAUACUGCGAGAGAUCCUUCAGCAUCUCCAGCAACCUCCAGAGACACGUCCGGAAUAUCCACGACAAGCAGCGCCCGUUCAAGUGUCCCCUGUGCGAAAGAUGCUUCGGCCAACAGACCAACCUGGACAGACACUUGAAGAAGCACGAGGCCGACGACGGCAGCGGCGUAGUUUCUGUUGCGGACUCGCCGGGUAGCAGCAACGAGAACGAACGCGAGGACACGUACUUCGACGAGAUCAGGUCGUUCAUGGGCAAGGUGACCUACGGCGGCGAAGCUGGCUACGGACUGCCACCCCAUCAUCCCGCUUACCUACCUAGCCGACUACACGAGAUCCACGAAUCCAAGAUGGAAGCCGAAUACGACGAAGACGAGGACAGCGAGGGAGUGGUGUCUCUUCUGGACGACGCGGAUGGCUUGUCGCCACUCGAGGUCAAGGACUCCACCCCGCCGCCGCCGCCGCCUGCACCUCCACAGUACGACCUCAAGCUAAGGGAAAAAGAAGAGCUGCUCAACAACAACACCGCGGAACCGGUCAUCGAGAUCUCCACAUAGCCUAUAGGUCGCGUAGCUUGAACGAGGCGGUCGUCCAUCAGAAGUACGAGACCCUUUUAGCGACGCGUACGACUGCUGUCGAGGAGGAUGUCAGUCUCCAUGUAAUUCUUUCAACUGUGACCACAUCGUCACUGUUUUUGUUAGUGAAAAAAAAGUGUUGUUUCGGGAACGUUUGACAUUUUGGACAUUCGAUUCUCGUUCGAGUUGAACUUUUGACGAAAAGACGAUCGAAGCGUACUUUCGCGUUGAUUUGAACGCAUCCUCGGAUCGGAUACUGUAUUCUCAUUUCUCAUCACUCUGUUUACUUUCUUUUCUUUUGAAACUGCAGGGACGAGGACAUUGAGAGGAGAUCAAUCGUACUACAGUGUUUUUCGUAUACACGCAGAAACGCACACUCGAUGCGAGAGAUUCGUUGUAUAGCGUAGUUCCUACAGUCUGGUUUUUCAUUUCACACCUGCACGUAAUUGAUAAUCUGUCGAACAACUUGCCGAGUUUCCCCUCCCCGUAGUCCCUGAAAUAUAGUCCCCCGUAAUGCUCUCAAGGUGAACCAAAAGUUCUCUCCGAUGUUUCUGCUUUCUUUCCAUGUUUCUCUCCGAAACAUGUUUAAAUUAACUAAGCGUAUUUGGAUUUUAUGAUGCAUACAUCAUUUUGUAGAUCUUGAAUUGCUCCUUCGUAUAUACGAAGAAGGAAGAAAUAUCUGAAGAAACUUUUAAUUCGCCCUAAUAUUUCUUUGCGAUAUAGAUAGCGAACGCUCUUCGAUAGUGUUCGAAUUCCCUAAAUCCGAUUUUCAAUCGCGUGGCGAUGCGAGGAAGAUUCGAACUUUACUGCGAGGAUCCAAGGAGAACGAUCGAUCUUUGACUUUUCCUGCGGGAAGGUGAAUCGAUCGUUAUCGAUGACGGAGAAUUUUAGCUCGAUUAGGUAAGAAGGUAUUCGCGCGUAGCGUGGAGAGUUCCGCGCGCAUUCGUCGCCGCGUACCCAAAGCGACGUGGACGGUGACGAGCGGAACGAGCAUGUAAUUAAGAGAAAUGUUCUAUGAGAACCUGUGUACAAAUUUCCAUUAGGUGAUAUAUAAUGUUUGUAAAAAAAAGACAAAAAACAAAAGAUACAGAAGUUCUUCGUGGUUUUUAUUAAUAUAUAAAUAUUAUAAAUAUUAUAACGGUGCGAUUGUAUCGAUUCGUCACGACACGGGUCACGAGAAAUUCUUUAUCGGGACGCGUGAUUGUUACGCUUACUACGCUGGGUAUGUAACGUUAAUCGUUGCGCGUUUCCACCCCCGUUCUCGAUGUUCAAGGUGGUCGUGAUUGUUCAGCGAAUCGACGAAAAAAAAAGCGUUCGCAAAUUCUUGUACACUUCUAAGAGAAAAUAAUGUUUCAUUCUCGAUUCAUUUUGUUUUUAAACCCUUCGAAGCGACGAUUACGACUAGCGUUUGGUAACGGAGUUGACGAAAACGUAGGGCCUCACCUGUUUUUUCACGUAAGAUUCUACGGAUACGUGUUCUCUACAUAUCUCUCUCUUCCUUCGCUCCGACUAAUAGAUGAUAAUAAACUCACAGAUUGAUUAAGCAUAAUUACGUCGAUCGAGAUAAUUAAAGACGAUAAUAUUAUGACUCUAUCUAUACAUACUGUAUAAAAGCAUCCUGUAACUUCAUUAUGAUUACUAUUAAAAUAUUACACUUCAAACAUCCCCAAACGUAAUGCAUCGAUCGUCAUCUUUAGGUAUUUUCAGGCUGUGAGAACGAUUAAUGGGAUAAAUGAAAAGGAUUUGAGAGUGAAAAGA